AUGCCCUGUAGGCCUCCUAGGUUGCUGAGCGAGUCAUUCCACCAGGGCACGUCGUGGCAGACUGCCCGCGUGAUUAACGGACCGGAUUUCUGUAUUGUUCUCUCCUGGGAGAGUUUGCCUCAAUAUCAAAAACGAUAUGCCUGUGGUCAGAUAAACUUGAUACUAGCCGCUACCUUGGCCGCGGUAUGCACGGCAGUAUUGGCACUAGAGUCGGACAAAAAAACAACUGCAGAGCGGGAGACACGUGUGGAACAAACACCAGCCGAAGACCGGCAAUGGCCGACAGCAACCGUACGCAAGGUCGAAAAACGACACAGUGGCAAAAAGAUUCAUAUCUAUCUCGGCUCUAAACCAGGAAAGAAUAAAAAGUCCAGCAAAAAGCCUCAUUCGGACAACGAUGGAGCUGAAACUCAAACGAGGAAAACUCCAGAGUUGACUACCCGCUCGGACAAGGGUGAGGAUCAGGCAGCUUCAGCAACGUCUGAUGUGCCGGACGUUGCCGUUGGCGAAAGUCAACAUUUUGAAAUCCCGGAACACAACAUCAUAAAAGAAAAGAUCAAAAUUAAACAUCAUCACCAUCACCACCACCAUAAUCACGUAAAAACGGUUGUGAAGAAGGAACCAUAUCCAGUCGAAAAAGUUGUACAGGUGCCGGUCGAAAAAAUAGUUCACGUGCCCAAACCGUAUCCGGUCGAAAAAAUUGUGGAGAAAGUUGUGCAUGUACCUGUAGAAAAGAUUGUCCAUGUACCGAAACCGUAUCCAGUUGAGAAAAUUGUCGAAAAAAUAGUCCAUGUGCCGAAGCCUUAUCCCGUUGAGAAGAUUGUCGAAAAGCCAGUUCACAUCGCUAAACCUUACCCAGUGGAGGUUAAAGUUCCAUAUCCUGUAGAGAAAAUUGUUCACGUUGAUAAACCCUAUCCAGUGGAGAAAAUCGUUGAAAAGGUGGUUCACGUUCCAAAGCCCUACCCAGUGUACAAGCAGGUCCAUGUUCCCGUCGAAGUGAAGGUUCCUUAUGAAGUUCCCAAGCCUGUUCCCUAUCCAGUAGAGAAAAAAGUACCGUAUCCAGUAGAGGUGAAAGUACCAGUUGAAGUAGAAAAGAAAGUACCAGUACCGGUUAAGGUUGAGGUGGAGAGAAAGGUGCCUGUUCCAUUCAAGGUAUAUGUUCCUAUAGAGAAAAAGGUUCCGUAUCCUGUGCCGGUGAAAUCUUCGUAUCAAUUCCCAUUCGAUAAGGACAUUGGAUACUCGAGCACCAAGUUACAUCCAUUCGAAUCCCAACAACAUGAAGUAAAACACUAUGACGAUGAAUAUUCCAAUGGUGAAGAGGGAUAUCGAAGGACUACCAAAACUACCUACAAGAAAAAAUCAUCUAAAAAGAACAAGAAACAGCAAAGCGAGGAGUAUAGGCAGCAACAGUCAAGUCAGCAUUCGGCGCCAGUGACUGAGAACGUUCAAGAAAAUCACUCUGGAUCGUAUGCCGGUAGUUCUAGCGCAGAACAUCAGCAAGGUUAUCACAACGGAGCUCACUACACGCAUACCACGAUCUAUCAUUCGCCCUCUUCAUCCCAGCAGCAGCAGCAACAGCAGCAACAACAGCAUCAACCACAGCAACAAGAUCAACAGCAAUACAAUAGCCAGGAAAGUACCAAUUACUUCAACCAGCAGCUAAUUCAAUAUCACCAACAGCCAAGAUACGGACCCUCGACGUUCCCUCAGCAAAGUGACUAUCAGGCACAGGCUAGCAGCAACGAAAAUCAAUACAGCCAUCACGAUCACUACGGUUCCGGAACAACACAGCAGGAGGUCAUGGUAACUCCCCCUUCAGCAGCAGCUGCUCCAUUCAGUUUGGAUUUGUCCCAACAGGGAAUGCCACAGGCUUUCACAUUGACUGCACCUUCCAAUCCGGGUGCAGUGCUACAACUCGAAUCACAGCCCCAACCGUUCCAGCUCGUUCAGCUGUCACCAUUCCAAUAUCAAACUCCAACGGGAUUCUCCUUACCAAGUACUAGAUAA